AUGGCGUGGCGUAAUCAAGGUAUCACAGGCUCCAACAACAUCCCUCUUGGAACGCGCCGUCGGUUAGGAGGCGACAGCAAUGGAGAUUCGCAUGAUGGAGGUGCCAUGAAUUCUCCUGCCUAUGGAGAUUCUGGCAAACGAGGGCGAAGUCCUGCCAGAGCUGAACCCGAGUCCGACGGCGCGAAGAGGCGUAGGAAGCGCAAUCGCUGGGGCGAAGCCGGCGAGAACAAAGCAGCUGGCCUCAUGGGCCUCCCUACCAUGAUCCAGGCCAAUAUGACCGCCGAACAGCUCGAAGCCUACACACUACAUCUCCGUAUUGAAGAGAUUAGUCAGAAGCUGCGGAUCAACGACGUCGUCCCUGCAGAUGCAGACAGAUCGCCAUCGCCUCCGCCUCAAUAUGAUAACUUCGGUCGCCGUGUGAACACUCGAGAGUUUCGCUACCGCAAGCGCCUCGAAGAUGAGCGGCACAAGCUGGUAGAAAAGGCCAUGAAAACCAUCCCCAACUAUCAUCCACCAUCUGAUUACAGACGGCCCACCAAGACCCAGGAAAAGGUUUACGUGCCUGUCAACGACUAUCCCGAGAUUAACUUUAUUGGACUGCUUAUUGGACCUCGUGGCAAUACGCUGAAGAAGAUGGAAACCGAGUCUGGAGCCAAAAUUGCCAUUCGAGGCAAAGGCUCCGUCAAAGAAGGAAAAGGACGGUCUGAUGCUGCUCAUACUAGCAACCAGGAAGAGGACCUACACUGCCUCAUCAUGGCCGAUACCGAGGACAAGGUCAAUAAAGCCAAAGCACUGAUCCACAACGUCAUCGAAACUGCGGCUUCCAUUCCAGAGGGUCAAAACGAACUCAAGCGGAACCAGCUUCGUGAGCUCGCGGCGCUGAACGGAACACUCCGUGACGAUGAGAACCAAGCCUGUCAGAAUUGUGGCCAGAUCGGACAUCGAAAGUACGACUGUCCAGAGCAGCGCAAUUUCACUGCCAAUAUCAUCUGCCGAGUUUGUGGCAAUGCUGGCCACAUGGCCAGAGAUUGUCCAGACAGGCAACGUGGUACCGAUGCACGCAACAACAUUCCAGGAGGAUAUGGCGGACCUCAGCGACGGCUUGGUCCUGGCGAUGCGGUGGAUAGAGAAAUGGAGAAUCUCAUGCAAGAACUUUCUGGUAAUCCGUCUGGCAAUGGUCCAGCAGGCCGCAUCGAAGCCGGUCCCGGCAGCUACGACCAGGGAGAUGCCUAUGGCGGGCCUCCCUCUGGCGCCGAUUCACGGCCGUGGGCACGACAGCCCACUGGUGCUGCUGCUCCGUGGCAGCGAGAUCGCCAAGAGCGUGACUACGGUGCCCGAGACAGCGGAGCAUCAGCCCCACCCUGGGCACAGGCUCAUGGUGGCGACAAUCGUACAGGUUAUGGGGCUGCUCCCGGGCAUGAAGCGGCAGCAGCGCCGUGGCAGCAGCAGGCUCCUGCGGUUGGACAGCCGUACGCAUAUGGGGGCUAUCCUGGCUACGACGCCCAGGCAGGCUACGGUGUACCCCCGCCCCCAGCAGCUCCUCCUGGCCUAAGCACCUUCCUCCAGCAGUUCAGUAAUGCUCCGCCUCCACCACCGGACACAAACGCACCCCCUCCGCCGCCUGAUCUACAACCUCCACCACCACCUGGCAUGGGUGAUUACAUCCCCCCGCCGCCACCGUCGGCAUGA